GUGACCAAGAUCGAAUGCAAAAAAAAUGGGGCAGAUUUGUUCUCACUCUUUAUUUCCUUUAUUUACUACACAAAUCUAUUUCCCCCUUACCGGUGCUUUAUGAGUUUCUCACAUCUGCUAUUUAUCUCAUGGUAAACUAAACGUCACCUUUACAAUUAUCUUAUGAGUCUAAGAAAGAAAAACUCAUUGUCUAUCUAAAUUUGAUACAUAGAGGAAGAAACACAGUUUUCCAGAGUUCUUCCUGACAUACGCAUUUUAGCUUUCGUAGAAGAUGGACUUCGCCGGAGAACGGUAUUAUAAGCUGAAUAGAAUUCUUCUGCUGUCUCUCGGUCUGUGGCCUUAUCAAAAUCCAACUUUCAAGAAAGUACAAAUAAUUUUUUUCCAAACGUUAUUCAUAUCCUUUCUAAUAUGCCAGUGCAUUCCGUUUUUUGUAAAGCAGUACAGCCUCAAGGAUAUUAUAAAAAUGUUGUCGCAUAUUGUUCUUACUUGUGUAUUUAUUGUACAAUAUAACGCAGGUCUCCUACUCAGCGAUAAGAUCAAACAUAUCUUCGAUAGAGUUCGAUACGAUUGGAAUAUGUUAAAAGGUCAGGCAGGAAUGGAAGUUUUACGAAAAUAUGCAAACUACGCAAACUCCCAAAUUGUCUUUCUUAUUCUUGCGUGUACCGGCGCUAUAUUGGAAUUAUUAUUUAUAAGUUGUCUACCCCGUAUACUUGAUGUGAUUAUACCAAUGAAUGAAUCGCGACCGCAACAAACAAUAGUUCAUGUGGAAUACUUUAUUGACGAGGAAACGUACUUUUUCGCUAUUUUGACACAUUUGUGCUUAAAUUUGUAUGCUGGAGGCAUCACAAUAAUAAUUAUUGCAGCAAUGCUAAUGGCAUACCUUUUGCACAUUUGCGCUUUGUUUAGAAUCUCCAGCUAUCGAAUGGAACACAUAUUUGAUAAAAACGUACAACCAAUGCCAAAGGAUAUUAAACAAUCUGUAGUUUAUAACAAUAUAAUAAACGCUGUAUAUGUUCAUCGUAGAGCUUUGGAUUUAAUUAAUAUUUGGACAAACAGUUUUGCAACAAUGUAUAUCGUGAUAUUAGUAUUUGGUGUGGCUUCGAUGAGUCUCAGUUGCUUCAACUUAAUUAGUGCGGUGACAUCCUUGGAAAUAGUGGAAUUAAUACUAUACGGAUCCGUUUUAUGUUUACAUAUAUAUCUUAUAUUUCUGGCAAAUUUUAUUGGACAGGACAUCAUAGAUAGCAGCAGUGGCAUGUGUCAAGCGACGUAUAAUGCACAGUGGUAUGCUGCGCCAUUAGGUAUACAAAAGUUGAUACUACUCAUAAUACAAAGAAGUAACAGAAGGUGUACUGUAUUAAUUGGAGGUUUAUUUGACGCGUCGUUAGAAGGUUUUAAUUCGGUAUGA